AUGGCCCCCGUCCCUCGCGUCUACUCCAAGACCUACAAGGUCCCUCGUCGUCCUUUCGAGUCGGCUCGUCUUGACUCGGAACUGAAGAUUGUCGGCGAGUACGGCCUGCGCAACAAGCGUGAGGUGUGGCGUGUCCAGCUUACUCUGUCCAAGAUCCGUCGUGCUGCUCGUGAGCUGCUCACCCUCGACGAGAAGGACCCCAAGCGUCUGUUCGAAGGUAACGCUUUGAUUCGCCGUCUGGUCCGCAUUGGUGUGCUCGAUGAGUCCCGCAUGAAGCUCGAUUACGUCCUGGCCCUCCGUGUCGAGGAUUUCCUUGAGCGCCGUCUCCAGACCUGCGUCUACAAGCUUGGCCUUGCCAAGUCUAUCCAUCACGCCCGUGUCCUGAUCAAGCAGCGCCACAUCCGUGUCGGCAAGCAGAUCGUCAACGUCCCCUCCUACUUGGUCCGCCUCGACUCCCAGAAGCACAUCGACUUCGCUCUCACCUCUCCCUUCGGUGGUGGCCGUCCCGGCCGUGUCCAGCGCAAGAAGGCUGCUGCUGCUGCUGGCGGUGCUGGUGAUGAGGGUGAGGAGGAAGAGGAGUAG